GGCAGCCCGGGCCGCGCCUCCAGGGAGCGCCGUGCCGUGCCGUGCCGUGCCGUGCCGUGCCGUGCCGGCCCCGCCCCCGGGCGCUGGCGGCGGCCGCGCCGCGCUCCCCGCCCUGCCAGGCCUGCGGGCGCCAUGGGGGCCGGGGGGCUGCGGGCGCAGGCGGCGCUGAGCGCGGCCCUGGCGCUGGGGCUGUUCCUGCACCGCACGGAGCUGCGGCGGCAGGAGGAGCGCGGGGAGCUGCUGGCGCCGCUGGUCUUCGUGCUCCUGGUGCUGGGCUCCGUCCUGCUGCACGCCAGGGUGUCCCGCAUGGAUCCGGGCUUCGUCGCGGCGGAGGAGGAGCUGGAGGCAGGCAAGAGUGAAGAACAAAGCCUGGUGACACCCCAAGUUCCAAGUAAUAUUAAGAUGCAACGCUGCGGUUACUGCAUGGUGAAGCAACCAAUGCGAGCCAAGCACUGCCAGCUGUGCCGGCACUGCGUCCGGCGUUAUGACCAUCACUGUCCCUGGAUUGAGAACUGUGUAGGAGAGAAGAAUCACCGCCUCUUCAUAAUCUACUUGAGCGUGCAGCUUGUGGUUCUGCUGUGGGGGGGUCACGCUGCUUGGUCAGGCCUCUACUUUGAACAGUCCUGGGACUGGCUGUGGCACAACAUUUUCCUCCUAAUGUCCUUCCUCCUGAUGGCCAUAUUCAGCAUUGUUGUCCUGCUGCUGCUUGUGUCACACCUCUAUCUGAUCUCAUGCAACACCACCACCUGGGAAUUCAUGUCACAUCAUCGCAUCUCCUACCUGCAGCACUCCGAGUUGGAGAAUCCCUUUGACCAAGGGGUAAUCCUCAAUCUCUGGAGAUUCUUCUGUUCAUGCCACCUCACUGCAUGGGAGAAAAUCUAUUUUCACAGGAACAAUGAGCCUGUCUAGUCACGGUAGCAGUGACCUGGUAGAGUGCCAACACAGCUGCAGGUUGCUGGGUAAAGCUUUGCUAACACAAUUGCUGCCAUUGCCUUGCAGGGGACUUUAGUACAUCAUGAACUACAGGACCCGUUCCACAACCUGUUUGUUAUGCAAAUUACAUUUAAAGGAUAGUCAGGAUUAAUUUUUUUAUAUAUGAGUAACACUGUUGUUAAAGGCAACACACUGGUUCUGGGAAGGCCAGCAGAGGUGAUUUCUGAACCAAGCAAAAGGUAUCCCUCUCUCUAAAUUCACUUCCGUUCGUUAACUGCAUCCGCGUCUCUCCAGAAGAGAUGCAAGAGUAGUGUGAGGAUGCAUGUUCAUUUCUCUUCCCCAAAGUUUCCCCUCUCGCUGCUAAGGAACAGCAGCUAUUACAGACAAAACCAGCCAGAAUCAAUAUAAUUCCUGUGGCCUUUCUUCAGCGUAAUUCUCACUGUGAGAACCGCAGUGCCUUUUGUCAGUAGUGUUGGGCAUGUAAUAGAAAUAUUUGAGUAAAUAUUUGGAAAGUCAAAAGCAAAUUUCAUUUUGACCACAUGCCUCAGCUUAAUGCUUUCCACAAAGAUUUGAGGCUUAACAGUGUUAAUGUGCAUGAGAAACAGCUGUAAGGCACCAAAUUCAGCUUAUGAGAUAAUUAGCUUGUACUGUGUGAUGCUCUGACCAGCUUGCUAAGUGGUUGGUUUUAAGUUGAUGGUGCUAUUAAGGAUUCAUGGACUAUUUUGAAUCAAUUCAGCAAAGAAUGGUUUCUUUAGACAGAAAAGCAUUGCUUGCCUACUUAAUUAUUUCUGCAGAUGCCUUUACUGUAGCUUGUGGAGAGAGAACCAGCAACGGAGGUGGGUACCUAACUGCCUGGCUCAGGUAACACGGCUGGCAACACUACUACCCCAACACACUAGUAAAACUUUAGUAAAAGAAUACAAAGUUUCAAGGCAAGAGGAAAGAUUCUAGGACCCAUUUGUUUCAUUGCGAGGAGGGGGGCGGUGACAGCUUUCUGGGAUAGCAGCACACUUACUAGCUUUCCAUUGUAGUAAGCGGUCGUACUUCCAAGUUUCCAUGCAGAACUAAAAGGAAGUUUGGGAUGACCAAUUUUAGCUUUAAAAACAGAAAAGGCUCUGGUGUGAAUUUUAAUCCUGGUCCUUUUCUGUUUAAAAAACAGCACCAUGACAAAACCUUAGUUAAAAUUAUUUUCUGCCUUAAUUGCCUUGGCUCAGGAAUUAACACCAGCUCAAGAGCACAUCUGGCAAGCUGGUAGGAUGCACUCAGGGUUUAACUGAUGAGCACUUACGAAAGGACACUGUAAAUACAUCAUGAUAGUCCAAAAGCAGUUUAAAAAUGGCAGAAGGAUUCCUUCUUCUGACCAACCCCGGAGUUUGUAAUCUGUGUCCUGUCUGGCUUGUUCAGGGUAGAAAAUCCUACCAGAGGGAUAUCAGAAUGCUAAGAAUUGUCUUCCUAACAAUGGUACGCCAUCCAGAAAGGAUUCUGCAGCAUGUUUGUGUCAGCGUGGUACCUGCUGAGGUAUGGCUCACCUGCCAAAACAGUUUUUGCUCUGUUUGGUGGUUGUUUUUAAAAUGCACUGGGAUAGUAAUGUACAGUCUUUUUUACUCUACUAUAAAUGAUAAAUUAAAAGAGUAAAUAUGC